UCCUGGUUUGUGUGUGUGUGUGUGUGUGUGUGUGUGUGUGUGUAUAUGUAUAUAUGUGUGUGUUAAUGCGUGUGUAUGGUGCCGCAAAGUGGAUUAUUAGGAUGCAGUAUAAAUAAAUAUAAACGUAAUAGCGGUAAAAUCGGCGGUAGUGUUGGUGAAAGUGUGGAUGUGUUUGUGUUGUAGUCGCUGGAGGUGUUUAGAUGGGAUUAGUGUGAGCAGUUAGCGGAAUUACAGCCUGGCUCUGUUUAUUAUCUUUAUUAUUAUUAUUAUUAUCUGAUCAGUAGAGUUAUUUUGGUUUAAAGAGUUUAUUUUAUAAUCAUUUUGGGAUAUGACUGCGGAGUUAUUGUCUGAUUUGGACAGUCGCUUUUUUGCGGAUAAUCUCCUGACAAGUGAAGACUGGGAUGCCUGUCUGUAUCAGUGUGAGAGUAUGGAGGAGGGUGAAGACAGGCUGAAAUAUGACACACUGCUUGACAAUGACCUCGUGCUGACCCUUGACCCAGACAACCCCGUGGCACCAUGGAAACACCUGGAGAACAAACUGCUGGAAGGUGACAUGUCAGUUAUGAAAGACGAGAUGACGAUAGCAGAGCCUCUGCCCGUGGACAUGUUGUUCCAGGUCAAGGCCGAGCCUCCGUCUCCUUCGUCUUCUCCAACCUCAGACAGCUCUCUACCAUCCUUACCUGAAGCUCAGUUUCAGGUGAAAGGUGAGAACCCUCCUACGCCUCCCUACAUGUACGGAGAUGUUCUCUCCCCCCCGGUGGGUGCCAUGGAGGUUACUGUGGCAACCACAGCCGCGCCCCCUCACCAAGCUCCACCCACACUUCCUGUUCCCACAGUAGCACAGACCACAGUGAGCGCUGGCUCCAUUCUGAGCAGUAAGCCUGUGCUACAGCCGAGGCCAGUGUGUAUGGCCGCUAAAACUCUGAUCCUGCAGGGAACACCACCAGUGGUUCUGUCCCCGUCGGUGUGUUUGGGCUCUACUCCGGCCAUCGUUAAAGUGGAGCCCGUGUCUCCCAGCGUGCACUGCACCAGCCCUACAGCCCCGCCUACCACCAAGCCCAUCAUCCCAGCAUCCUCUCUGCCUGGCAGCAACUGCAGCGACAUUGAUAUGAAGGUGCUGAAGCGACAGCAGAGGAUGAUAAAGAACCGCGAGUCUGCGUGUCAGAGUCGGAAGAAGAAGAAGGAGUACGUACAGAACCUGGAGGCUCAGCUGAGAGAGGCACAGCAGGAGAACGAACGCCUGCGUCGAGAGAACCACGCCCUGCGAAUCAGACUCGCCAGCAAAGAGGGUGCUGAAUCGGGCACCAGUAAGCGAGCGGUGUGUGUGAUGGUGCUGCUGCUCUUCAUCACCUUCAGCUUCGCUCCUGUCAGCAUCACGGACAGGAAGUUACCGUCUGCACUGGAGGAAGGGGAGGAGCUUCAUACAGGGAGACACCUGCUGGUGUACGAUAGAGAGAAGGAGCCGGGCCGGGUGGUGAACGACAGAGCGGCGGAGGACAGGCUGGACAGUGAGGAGGACACGGGAGAGGACAGGUGGAGGAGAGGAGAGGUGGAGAGGGAUAACGCUGACGCCUUUCACUUCAGGAAUGUGAGCAGUGUGUUCAGCGAGGUGAAGGAUCUCGUCUUACAGGACAUCGACCGGCUCUUCUCCUCCUCCGACUGCAGGCAGUUCAAUCGCUCCGAGUCACUCAGGCUAGCUGAUGAGCUGCGUGGUUGGGUUCAUCGCCAUCAGAUCGACAGGAAGAAGACAAACCGCAAACCCAAGAUCGCACAGAAGGCAAAAAUAGCACAGCAGAAAGCUCAGCACAGGAAGACAAACUUCUCACGCUACCUCCCCAUCGAGACUCACCGCUCCAUCGAAAGUCAGCUGCAGCUCUUACCCGGCCCUGAGGUGAGCUACAGCGACUUCCUGGAUGCCAUCGAUCGGCGUGAAGACACGUUUUAUGUCGUCUCCUUUAGACGGGAUCAUCUGCUUCUUCCUGCGAUCAGUCACAACAAAACCACACGACCCAAAAUGUCCCUCGUCAUGCCUGCCAUGGCCGUCAACGAGUCGGUGUAUAACUCGUCUCAGGGUGGAUACGAGCUGAUGAUGCAGGUGGACUGUGAAGUCAUGGACACCAGAAUAAUCCCCAUCAAAUCCUCCGUGGUCCCGCCCUCGCUCAGAGACACGCCCCCGAACCCGCCCUCUCACCACCAUCACCACGGCAACCACACCCGGCAACCGCAUGGGGGCGGGGCCUCGGCGACCAGACAGCCCCUGUCUGUCAGGAGGAGGGAGGCGGAGUUUCUGAUCACACAGUCGGGAUCGUAAUGAAGCGGAGAAAAAGGGAAAAUGUGCACAGGCACACACACACACUCACACACACACAUACGCGCACACACACACACACUUUCUCUGUGUUGUAUUUGUCUAAUCAACAGGAAACAACUGCAGAUUAACUUUAUAAAAUAUUUUAAACGAUACCAGACACAUACACAAUGCAGAGGUUUUAAAUCCCAGAAUUCCCCAUUAUUCAUCCUCCAGCUCCUGUAAUUCCAAUGUUAAUAUAAAACAUAACCCUGUGAAUGUCCAAAUCUCAUGGAGCUGAAGAUAAAGAAAUGUAACAGUGAUUUAAAAGCUCUAAAGUUAGUUUGUUUGUUCGUUUGUUUCUAUGGUAACACUGACGUUGUAGUUUCUGGAAGAUUCGUCCCUAGGAUUAUGCUGUAGCUAUAAUCGAUUUCUACUGGGUGAUUAGUUAAAAUCUCCCCAAACUCCCAGAAUUCCACAGUGCGGGUCCCAAACUCCCAGAAUUCCACAGUGCGGGUCUCCAAACUUCCAGACUUGUACUGUACUGGUCCCCGAAUUCCACAGUACGGGUCCCCAAACUCCCAGAAUUCCACAGUACGGGUCCCCAAACUCCCAGAAUUCCACUGUACGGGUCCCCAAACUCCCAGACUUCCACAGUAUGGGUCCCCAAACUCCCAGAAUUCCACUGUACGGGUCCCCAAACUCCCAGAAUUCCACUGUACGGGUCCCCAAAUUCCCAGAAUUCCACUGUACGGGUCCCUAAACUCCCAGAAUUCUAUCAGAGCUCACCAAAGUCCCACAGUCCCCCUGUACAGCUUGGGAAGGUUUGCAAAGCAUACUGGGGAAUUCUGGGAGUUCAAUAACUUGUACAGGGGAAUUCUGGAGGUCCAGUGAGCUGUGCAGGUCUCUAACCUCCCAGAAUUCCCAUGUAUUGCUCAGUGAACUCCCAGAAUUCCCAUGUAUGGGUGGCUAAACUAAGAAUUCUGAUAUACAGUACAUGUAACCAAAAUACUAAAAUUUCCCAUUCCCUGUAUGGGUCAGUGAACUCCGAGAUUUCCCUUGUAUGGAACACCAAAUUCCCAGAAUUCCCGUGAGAGACCUUAAGGAGAGUGUUUUGUAUAUUUGUAUCUUAAGUUUUUUUACUUCCUACUUGAUGCCAGUCAUCGCUGUUGUCUUUGUGGUUUAUUGUUUUGAUUUGAGAAUCAUACUGUGCUUUUAUUUAAAUGAGAAGCUUGUGAUCGAUGCAAAUGUCAAUUACUGUGUCAGAAAAAACCCGGAAGUUCGGAAUUGUAUCCCAAAUACUCAUGUGUGUUUGUUAGAAUCCAUUCUGAAGUCACGAUGCUUUUAAUGCUAAACGCCCAAAACGUAAAAUAACCACUAUUAGAACUGAUUCUGCGUGCUCUAGCAUUUGUGGGCGGAGCCUGAAUCCUAAACCAAGCACACAGGAAGUGACAGUUUAGCAAUUCCGACCCGAACAGCGCCUCGUAGUGGGAAAGCUAAAGCUACAGUUGUUGUAGAAACGCAUUGACAAUGUCUGAAAUUGUAAUAUAGUGUAUAUUUAAAAUCUGUUUUUAUUCGAUAAUUGUAGCUGCGUAAAAUUUCGAGACUUUAUUACUCUAUUCACGUCUAAAGGGAGCUUUAUACACGUUUAUAUGUUUGUUAUUUAGACGCAGCCACUUUAGAUCACAAUUACGACAUCGUCGCUUGUAAAUAACGGGAGCUUGUGAUCAUACCAUGUGCACUUCCUCACAUUUGCUUUUUACAUUUUUUUUUACAUUUUUUAUUGUGUUUGUUUUUUGUUUUUU